AUGAUGGAUCAUAUUCGCCAACGGCAAACAACCGCAGCGGCGGCGAUGAUGAUUGUGCGAAGGAUGUUCCUCGUCGUGCUCUUCGUGCUCUUGGCUGUGGCGCUGGCGCUGAGCGAUGGUGGCGAGGUAGUGGUGCUGAUGGAAGACGAGAAUGGGGCGAUGCACAUCAACACGAGCGACCCGGUGCAUGAGCCAGUGUUUGUGAAUGGGGUUGACGUUGCCCAGCUGUUCGAAACCGUGCAGAUGCAAGCGAGCAUGCUGCACCAGCAGCGGAGUGUCAACCAAGCCCUGAGAGCGCAGAACGAGGCGUUUGAGGCUGCGCUGUGUCGCCGGUUCCAGCCCACCGUCAACAGCAUCCCAGGCGUUGGCACUGGAAACUCCGAUUGGGUUGGUGGCGUCGCCGCCAGCAACGGCCUCAUUUACGGCAUCCCAUACAACUCCGCCUCCGUGCUCAUCAUUGACCCAUCCGCAACAACAGCGGCGGCACCAACAACAACAACAGCGACACCCACAACAGCAGCGACACCCACAACAACAGCGACAACAGUGGUUGACACCACCACCAUUAACAGCCUGAAGUCUGGUGGAGCGAAAUGGGCAGGUGGCGUGCUGGCUCACAACAACCUCAUCUACGGGUUCCCUCACGACGCCGAAGCUGUGCUGAUCAUUGACCCCAGCACAAACACAGUGGACACGACCACGCUUGGUGGGAUAAUAGACGGCGGAGGCAAGUGGAUCAGCGGCGUGGCUGCGAGCAACGGCCUCAUCUACGGCAUUCCGUGGAACUCGCCAUCCAUCCUCCUUGUUGAUCCAGCCGCAAAUGUCGUCGACACAACGACGCUGUUCCUCUCCGACGCGAACUUCGCAAAGUGGUACGGUGGCGCGCAAGCACAUAACGGCCUCAUCUUCUGCAUCCCGCGCAAUGCGGAGUCUGUGCUGAUCAUCGACCCAGCCACCAACGCAACCGACACUACAACCAUCGCCGAACUGCCGGGCUCAGCGGCAUGGCAAGGCGGCGUGCUCGCGGAGAACGGCCUCAUCUACGGCAUCCCAUUCACUGCCACAUCCGUGCUCAUUGUCCAUCCCACCACCAACGCAACCGACACUACGUCCAUCGCCGGUCUUCCGAAUGGCAACAACAAGUGGCGGGGCGGCGUGCUGACGCACAACGGCAAAAUCAUUGGCAUCCCCCGCCGCGCAACGUCCGUGCUCGUUAUUGACCCAACAGCCAACACCACCGACACAACCACGCUGCCCGUUCCAACUGGCACCCAGAAGUGGUACGAUGGCGUGUUGGCCCACAAUGGUUUGCUGUAUGGCAUCCCCUGGCUGGUCCAGGACCUCCUCCUCCUUCCGAGGAUACUGCGGUCGAUCCCUGAUGAGGUGGUGGAGAUGAUGCGGAGACGCGUUGUGUUUGUGUUUGAGGAGUUCUUCAAGUCUCUCUCCACCGAAGUGCACACAGAGUCUGCCAGGAUCAACCUGUUCAUUGGCGACAACGCGGGAAAGAUGCAAGUGGAAGGGCUGGCGUACCACACGCCCAAUGAGACGCCACACGAUGUGAUGCAGGAGUCUGUAUGGUGCAACACCCACGCCCACCGACGAAAGGCGGCAAAGGAUAAUGCACCCAUGUGA